CAGCCCCCCCCGCUGCGGCUGCAUCAAUCAUUAAACAGCGGCUCGGGUAGCCAGCGCCUCCCUCCCUGGGAAACCCUACCCGGGGCGGCGGGGGCGUCUCUUCUGGCUCCCCGGGAGCACGGGAUGCGCCGCCGGUUUCCAGUUACCGCGAUGCCGGGCGGUGGGGCGGGAGGAGCCGCGGCGGUGCCGCCACUGCUCGUGCUGCAAUGAGUGAUGCUGCUGGGGGCGGCGGCGGAGGAGAAGCAGCAGCAGCAGCAGCGCAGAGCCACCACGGCUCCUCCGCCGGCGGCUGCGGGAGCGGCGGCUCUAACUCGCCCGGGCGGCGGCGGCGGGGCGCGGCGGCGGGCGGCGGGCCGGGGGUGGCCGGGGGGCUCGGGGCCGGCGGGGACAGCAACAUGCGGGCGGAUGAGGGGGACAAGGAGGAGGCGGCGCCCCCAGCUCGCCCCGCCGCCCUGCUGCGGUGGGACGAGGUGCCCGAGGACUUCGUGGAGUGCUUCAUCCUCUCGGGCUACCGGCGGCUGCACUGCUCGGCACAGGAGUGCUUGGCCUCGGUGCUGCAGCCUACCAAUGAGACCCUCAACUUCUGGACCCACUUCAUUCCACUGCUGCUCUUCCUCAGCCGCUUUGGGAAGCUGCUGCUGCUUCGAGGCGCUGGGGAUGUGCCCUUCCACCACCCGGCCCUACUGCCCCUCUGGUGCUACGCCUCAGGGGUGCUGCUCACCUUCGCCAUGAGCUGUACGGCCCACCUCUUCAGCUGCCUCUCCCCACGCCUCCGUGCCACCUUCUUCUACUUGGACUACGCCUCCAUCAGCUACUAUGGCUUUGCCAGCACUGUGGCCUACUCCUACUACCUGCUGCCAGGGCUGAGCCUGCUUGAUGCCAGCGCCAUGAGCCACUAUGUGCAGCAGCGGCUGGGCUGGCAGCUGGACUGCAGCCUGCCCAUCGCAGUCUACCGUGUGCUGGUGCUGCCUGUGGCCCUGGCGUUGGCAGUGGGCUGCACAGCCGCGUGCUGCCGCAGCCGUGCUGCCUGCUGCGCCUACCCUUUUGCCGUGCGCACCUUCGUCUUCGCCAUGCCACUGAGCAUGGCCUGCCCCAUCAUGCUAGAGAGCCUCUUCUUUGAUCUCCGCACCCGCAACCCUACUCUCUUCAUCUACUUCUACCGGCGCUACUUUUGGCUGCUGGUGGCCGCCUUCUUCAAUGUCAGCAAAAUCCCUGAGCGGAUCCAGCCAGGGCUCUUCGACAUCGUGGGGCACAGCCACCAGCUUUUCCAUAUCUUCACCUUCCUCAGCAUCUACGACCAGGUGCACUAUGUGGAGGAUGGGCUGGCUGAGUUCCUCAAGGCACCCCUGGCUGCUCCCACCUACCUGGGCACUGUGGGGUAUAUGCUGCUCCUGACAAUCUGCCUGGCUGUGGUCGUAAGAAGGUUCCUCAAAGUCGCAGACCUCUGCAAGCAGGACUAGCUGUGUUGGUGACCCUUGGGACAGUGACCACCACACCGGUGACCCUUGGGCUGGAGAUCCUCUGGCCGGUGACCUUCAGACUGGUGAUUCUCAGACUGGCCCCACCAUGUCCUGGAGAUGUUGUGAAACCUGGGGGAAAUGCACCUGUGGAGGAGCCAGGUCCCUUUCUCCGAGGGUUGCUAGAGAAAAUGACCUGCUCGUGCUCUUUAAACUACUAGAUUACCAGGGGAAGCAAGCAAACGCUUACUGGUAUGUUGCUGCUUAGAGUAUAAUCUGAAAUAAUUUAGCUCUGCUACUAGGAAGAAUGCAUGAACCGUGAAUGCCACUUACUAAUUUCAUAACAAUUAGGUUUAAACUAGCUCUGUAUAUACAUACAUAUAUUUAUAUAUCUAGCUAUAUAUUAUUAGCUACAUAUAUAUAUGUGUAUAUAUAUAUACAAACACCUGAAGGCACUUGUGCAAUGAUUACUCAUAGACUUUUAAUCAUCUCCUCUGUGAAAUUUCCUAGCAGAUUAUGCACUGACAUUUAUCUUCCUCUGUGAUACUGUAACAGGCCUUUGCAGCCACAUACUGGAUUUUAAAUGCAAACAAAUCAAUAGCUAGCUAUAGUUUCUAAGGUCUUGCAGUCUUUUCAGCCAGGGAACAAUAGAUUUAACAGAGAGGAAAACCAGCUGUGAAUUAUUACAGAAUUACCAGUUGAUGGAGAGACUUUAAUUAGAAUAGCAGUGAGGGGUUAGUGUAGCCACUCGGAUGCUAAAAUAAAAUAGAGGGAUAUGUAAAGUAACUGAACCAGAAAGGGGUCAAGAUAGUCUGGAGCAGGGACGGCGAGAAAAGCGCAAUGCAUAAUGGCAUGGCUCAUCCCCCACCAUGUCAGGAACAUCUGUUGUGUUAAGGGGCUUGCUAAGGGGCCCCUUGAUCUUUCAUGGUAAAUCACCCCCAAAUCAGCCCUUCAGAGUCAAAGUCAGAUGCUAGACUUUCUAUAACCCCCUGCCAAGCUCAGUGGGAGUUCUCUGGAUGUAAAGAGAGUAACUGAUGCAUGAGAUCUCAUUCUGCAUCUUUUAAAGAAUUACAUGGAACUCAUUUCUGCUGUUCUUUAAUUAGAGUACUGUCAGAUUUACCAUCCUAAAAUCAGUUGCAGAAUAAGAUACUGCUGAAUCUGAGAUCAGAGGAUAAAAUCUCUUUCUACAAAGACUGGAUACCGGCACUUUAUCAUCAUUCCCCAUCUCUUCCUGUUUGGAUCAGUUGUGGCUGCAACUGGCUGUUUUGAAGUCCUCAUUCACAGGCUUUGGGAGAGUUCAAGGAAAAUCCUUAGAUAUUUUUCCAAAGCAGUAUCUUUUCACAGCAACCCCAGUAUUAGCCUUGUCACAUGACAAACAACUAACUGUAGGUUGAACUUAUUCUCUGUAUAGAGAGAUGUGCAGAUUUUGAACAGAUGCGUUUUGAUUUUGUCUAACAGUACAAGUAUGCAAUAAUAUUAUGUGGGGGGGGUUACAUUUUGAAGUUCAGGCAAGAAACUGCUUGUAUACCCCAUUUUUAAAAAGAAGGGUGGUGCUUCCUUAGGAAGCACCGGUGUCAGUGCACAAUAGGGUAGUGACUCUUUAACUCGCCCUCUUCACCCGUGUUGUGGAAAUACAUUCCUGCUUCGGACUUUCCUAUUUUCAUGGACAUGGCAUCUGAACCCCAAGAAAAUGUUUUGAGUCCAGUUCCAUAAGCCUCUGUAAAACAAAGUCCCCUUUAUUUAUAAUGGGAAUACAGGAAGGACUAUAGCUAGGGAUUAUCAGGUCAAAUACUUAAUAUGGGUCAGAAUCACCACAAGAACCAAUAAUUGAUAUGCACUGUACCAAUGUCAGCUUUGUGAAAAUUUCCUCAUGAAAGUGCAUAAGCAAAAAGAAAAUCAAACCCACUUCAUUUUAUUUUGUAUCUCAACCCAUUUUAAUUACAAUGGUUUGGGGUUUUCUGAUUCCCAGUGAAUGAUGAGAAUGGCCUAACAAAAAUAUGUAUGCUUUGCCAGCCACAAUUCUGGUAGUAUGUUAUUUGUGGUGGGGUCACAUGUGGUGUCUUAAAGAGAUUGGAUUGAAUUUUCUGAAAAAACAGUUCCCAAACUGUGGCCUCUUGAGUUAUCACUGAUGGGCCAUAAAAACCAGCAUGGCCCCAUGUGGCUGUCCGUGUUCUGUUUUCAUUUGCCAACAUGCAUUAAAAGAAAAUGAAAACUACAUGAAGUAUUUUUCAUUUUACAUAUUUUCAUUAACUUUUGUCAUAAGUGCAGCGUUGCUUUAUUCAGCUGCCAAUAAGGUAGAAAAUUAUCUGCACCACUAGGAGAGGAGGCUGGUUUACAACACUGUUAUGCUUUGAAAUGUGCUUUAUAAAGAGAAAAAAAAAAACUGGAAACUUAUAAUAGAAAGCAAAUGGAUCAAGACCUGCAAUGAUAUCAGCCUAUGAAUUUCCACAACUGCAAAAAGAGGCCGAAAUCUUUGAGAUGUGCUGUAUUCAGGUUAAAAUUAUAGAGGCAUAGUAGUUAGAGGCCAAUGACUCAUCCAAGUUUCAAAACUAAUUAUGCAGAAGGGGUUUGCCUGGGAGAUGCCACUAGCAUGUCCAACCGGCAAUUAAAAACUAAGAAAGAAAUCAGGAAGGCCAGGGACAGCAAAUCUCAGCACUAGAAGACAGCUCAGAAACAAGCAACAGUAAAAGCCAAACGUAAGAAGGCUUUUAAAGCAUGCUGUAUAAUGACUUAUAUUUGUGCUUGUCAGUCACAACGUAGAGGACAUCUCAAGAAGCAAUGUCAAAAAAAGCUGUUACUAACUUGUAAAAAUACAUUUGGUAUUUGCAGUUAGGCCACACAGGGUCGUCUAUAUAUAUCUCAACGACAGAUAACAGUAUAAAGGUUGGAUUGAAACCAACUGCAAUUUUACUGGAAUAUUACUGCUGUUGUAAGAGUUCCCAUGCUGCAAAUUUGGUACCUGGCUCUGAUAGUAAGAAUAUUGCCUCAUUUAAAAGUUUUUAUUGGCAAAAUGUUGAGGCACAUGUAUGGGCCUGAGCACUUACUAGAAUUAUUUGUAAAUGCCGGUUGCAAGAACUGGUCUCCAAGCCACUGUAAGCAGAUUAUAUGAAUCAGGAGUGAAUGGGUACAGGGAGAUGCGAUUAGAUUUUUAAGAGUUCUAAUUAAUUAUGUUUAUUCAUUUGUCUGUUUGUUUAAAAUGUGGUUACAAAUUAAAAAGUUGCAGUAAGUGUGGAGAGUACCUAGGGAAAUGCCACCUGAGUGUCUGUGUUUAUUCAGUGAAGGACAUGCAUGUAGAUAAAUGCUGUUUGCUGUGUCCCAUAGCCAGUCUCCAUAAAUAUGGACGGAACAAAACUGAAUUAAAGACGUUAAAAGUGGAACAACAUAGCUAUAAUUGUAGCACUUGAAUUUGCUCAUGUAGAAGUGAAUGUCAUAAUUUGUGUAGCUUUUGAAGGAGUGGGAUCUCUUUAUGAUGUGAAAGCACACAUAAGCAUCCAUAAGCCCACAUCCAUAAGCAUGUCCAGGGCUUAGACAGGAGGUCUAACCUGCAGACUAGAUGCAUAAGGACAUCCUAGAAAACAACCGUGUUUACAUAAGUACCUGUCAUAAUGUUUUUAUUGCCUGGGUACCUGCCAUGAUGUCUACACUGUGGACCCCACAGCUCAUCUUUAAAACCAAAAAGGCUUUUCAGGCCUUUUGUGGCAGAAUCUGUGUGGGGAUGGGGGAAUUAGUUGAGGACUGGAGCACAACAGGGUGGCCUAGAAAUGCCUACGUGUCUUUCUGUCUUGGGCCAACACUGACCUUCAGACUGACAUACCUGUGCUCACGUGAACUGACUGUUGAUGGGGGCAGUUUCUAGAGUGUUGGUGGCACAGACACUUCCAUUGCAAUCAGCAUGUGCCUAACCUGCAGUCUACACAUUGGCAUAUGUUCAAUAAGCCUAGCUCUGGGCACUUCCCAGUAAGGUGUAAGCUUCAAGCUCACCUUCGUGCAAGAUUGAUAUGCCUGGUCUGUAGUAAUUAUCCUGUAUUCUGUGGUGAUACACUAUUUCCUCUUCUGCAGUGUAUUCGUUUGAAUGUCACUAUCCAGGAUAUCUGUGUAGCUCUGAGCUGCUUUGUUAGCAAGACUGGAGUCUGCAGUCUGGAAACAAAGGGAAAGGUUUCAUCUGCAUGCUGCACUUGUAGAAAUUUAGCAAUUAGAAGCAGAAACACAUCGGGGUUUGCUAAAAUGAUAGCUUUGCUUAAUUGUCCAAGUGUUGUGCUUAUUAUUUAUUUGCUGAAUCCAGCUACUAUGUCAGGUUUUUGUCAACAGUGCACCUGCAGAAAAUGACAGUAUGAAAGUUUUACUUAAUGUUUAAGUAAUCUCUCUGAAGCAGCACAUUCAUGAAGUAUUAUUGCACUAAACUCAGUUGAUUACCAUCCACAUGCCUUACAGAAGCAAAUCAUACCUGUAGUAAUUGCCCAGAUUAUACUGUUUCUCAUUGCCUAUGAGAGUAAAAAUGACAAAGUGGCUGGUAACAAGCUGAGGAGUCAGGCAGUACUGCGUUCUUGUUCCUGCUUUGCCACUACUUGUUCUGUAAUCUAGGGCAAGUUGUUUAAACUGUGUUCAUUUUGAAUGAAUUUAAUUCAUGUAAAACACUGGAAUUGUACCAGGGUUGAAUUUGACCCUCUGUGUCUCAGUUUCCACAUCUGUAAGAUGGGGAGAAUAUACCUUACCUACCUCGCAGGGUUGCUCUAAAGACUAGCUAAUGUUUGUAAAGCACUUAAAAAUGCAAAGACCCUCCUAGGUGCUAAGCAGAAACGUUACUGAACUCCGGCAGAGAGAAUGUUGGUUUUCUUCCAUAGCUUCUUAUCUCACAGGGACAGGAAUAUGAACUUUUCUCGAUCACAAACUCUUGGAAGAAACCUCUUAGGAGGUUCACAUCCUAUGUCCUCUGGAGCUGAUGGCAAAACUUCCACUGGCUUCAAGCGGGUGGCAAUCAAGACCUAAGAAGUAGUAAACAGGCUGACUAAAUACUUAAGGGACAGGAGUAGAUAGAAAACAUACAUGAGUUAAGUACUCUUCAGAAAUUCUCACUGGUGACAUGUACCAAGAAGCACCGUAAUGCUGACACAAGGCCUUGUUACUCAUUUAGCCAUGGAUUGUAUUCCAGUUACCAUGAAACUAUGGAGCAAGAUUUCCCAUCAGGCUCUGUAAAACUAUGAUUAUGUCUCAAUUUCUAUUGGGAAUUUCAACCUAGUUCAAGCUACUUCUUAUCAGAGUAAAAAGACCUUAAAUAACUGAAGCUUUUAAAUAAACAUGUGUAAUCAUUUGGGAACAUAAAAUUAUAUUGAUCAGACAAACAACUUUUUCCUUUCCCCUCCCCUUUCCCAAAACCGAUAACAUGGAGCCAAUCCCAUUCUUGAGUGAAAACCGACCUUGGAUCUCCUUAUCACUUAUGCAUACUCUUCCUUUACUGUGGAGCCCUGACUAAUCAUCCUGCUAACCCGCUCUGCCCUCUGGAAUAACUGAUACAGACAGCACCACUGAGCAGAGGACAAUGUUUUUAAGAGCUUUUCUAACUGGCAGCAGUAGUAGAGACAAAGAAAACAAAAAACAAACAAACAAAA